AUGCUGAAGAGAGGGGCCCUUUGCAUACCAGUAUUCGUCGCAUUCUCUUCGGUGGUGCUUUUCCAGACCCGCAUGACAGCCAGAGGCCUCAACCCCUGUGUGCAGGUGACUCCAGGCAUCGCGUACGUAUGCAUGGAGCUGAACCUCAAGGAAAUUCCACCUGACAUCCCACGCUCUACACAGAACCUAGAUCUGAGCUUCAACCCACUGGAAGUCCUGAAUGCAAAUUAUUUCUCAUCAGUUCCUGCACUGAAAUUUCUGGAUCUUACUAGAUGCCACAUCACAAUGAUCCAAGACGACGCUUUUGCUGGGCUCCAUAACCUGUCUGUCUUGCUUCUGACUGGCAACCCACUCCAGUUCUUGGGUCCUGGGGCAUUUCAGGACUUGACUUCUCUGCAGAGACUGGUACUGGUAGACACCAGCCUAUCCUCACUGGACAGUCUGCCCAUCGGGCAUUUAACGGCUCUUCAAGAGCUAAACUUGAGCAACAACGAUAUAGAUUCCUUAAAACUUCCCAAAUAUUUUUCCCUACUUACCCAACUUCAGCGUUUGAUUCUCCAGUCAAAUAAGAUCUCCUCGAUCUUUCAGGGAGACCUGGAUGCCAUGCCAACUCACAACUUGACCCUUGUGUUGUGUCGAAAUAACAUAAAAUAUAUCCAACCAAGGUCUCUGAAAGGCACUUACCUCCAGGAACUGUCUCUGAGAUCCAGUUUUGAGGAUAAUAGCAUUAUGCAGGCUGGUCUCCUUAAUAUGACUGGCUUGCAUGUUAACAGUUUGGUGUUAGGAGGAUACAGGAACCUUCAGGGGGGGAAAUCCUUUAACAAGAACCUUUUGGAUGGUCUCUGUCAGAUGGACCUCCAGAAAAUAACUCUUAUCUGCACUAAAGAUGCCUUCCCCAGAACGGAUAUUCUUUCUGCCUGUGUGAACAACAUCUCCACUGUGCGGUUCGUGCAUGCCUAUCUUAGAACUGUAGACUUCCCAGAAAAUACAGCCAUUCGCCACAUUGAAUGCAAGGACUGUAGGUUUGACCGUGUGCCAGUUGAGAAGCUGGCUCCCUUGCAAGAGCUCAGAGUGCUCCGCAUCACCAAUAUAGGCAGACUCAUUGAAUUUGAUUUGCACUCGACAAUUUGGACUUUACCGAAACUUGAGGUCCUCGAUCUCAGCAAUAACCAGCUUAAUACAGGUAUUUGCUGGUCUUGUCUCAAGGAACGGUUUUCCAACUUGAUGGUCUUGAACCUCAGCUUCAACCCACUUGUCAGAGUGCCAGCGGAGCUCAUUGGCCCCACCACACUGAAAUAUUUGGAUCUACAACAUUCCAGACUCAUAGGUCCAGGAAAGCUCCCUAGUUUUCUAGGCCUUAAGAAUCUCAUCUACCUGGAUAUUACCCGAACUAGCACGUCUGUUAACAUAGAAUGCUCCUUUUGUGGCUUGGAUAGCCUGGAAGUACUGAAAAUGGCCAAGAACUCUUUUAAGGGCAAUCGGGUAACAGCUAAUACCUUCACAAAUGUCACUAAGCUGAAGAUGUUGGAUAUUUCCAACUGCCAACUGCAGUAUGUGUCUCUCAGUAGCUUUGAUCUCCUCCAUGACCUCCAUGAACUCAACAUCAGUAACAACAAGCUCCUGGAUUUCCAUCCAGAGUCCUACUUGCACCUGCAUAACCUCACCAUCCUCGAUUUCCACUGCAACCAGUUGAUCACCUUGACCAAGAAGCAUUUGGAGAACUUGCCAGGGGGCUUGAAGAAACUGGACCUUUCUGAAAACCUUUUUGACUGUUCCUGUGAUCGGGUGGACUUCCUGCGGUGGGCUAAGGAACACAAGGACCUCUUCAUGCAUACGGAAAUGAUGAAAUGUCACAGUCCCACACACUUAGAAGAUACCCAGCUGAUGCAUGUUGACCUGUCUUCUUGCCAGAUCAGUACAGCCACAGUGGCUGUUUCAGUGAGCAUAUCUGUGUUUGUGGCCUUGGCUUUGAUUCUGGUUUAUAAGUUCUACUUCCACUUAUAUUAUAUGAUGCUGUUGCUCAGUGGAGGCCAUUCCUCUACUGAUAAUAACAAAAUCUACGACGCCUUUGUUAUCUACUCCAGCGAGGACCAAGCGUGGGUGAAGCAAGAGCUGGAAGAGACGCUAGAAUCGGGAGUGCCGCGCUUCCGCCUCUGCUUCCACUAUCGAGACUUCAGACCCGGUGUACCCAUCAUUGCGAACAUUAUCAAAGAAGGCUUCCAUAGCAGCCGGAAAGUCAUCGCUGUGGUCUCCACCCACUUCCUGGAGAGUCGUUGGUGUAACUUUGAACUUGAAGUCGCUCAGUCUUGGCAGCUACUGGACAGCAAGGCCGGCCUCAUCUUCGUCGUCCUGGAUGGUGUAGACAGGGCGGUUCUGCGACAGAAGCUGGGGUUGUUCCGCUACUUGCGGAGGAAUACCUACUUAGUCUGGAAGGACAGGGACGUCAAACGGCAUGUUUUCUUGAGGCAGCUGAAGGCAGCCUUGCUUGAUGGCAAAACAUGGACUGAGGAUGAGCUGAGAUCCAUGUUGGUGAACUAGGGUCAUGUCUCCUUUCUCUGCUUC